GCAAAUUCUGCAUCAGGAAUGGCUGUGCAGGAUGACUGCAAGCUCAAGUUCUUGGAGCUUAAAGCAAAGAGGAGUUACCGUUUCAUUGUGUUUAAGAUUGAGCAACAACAGGUGAUGGUGGAGAAGCUUGGGGAGCCCAAUGAAAGUUAUGAGGAUUUCACUGCCACUUUGCCUGCCAAUGAGUGUCGUUAUGCCGUCUAUGAUUAUGAUUUCACAACUACAGAGAAUUUUCAAAGAAGCAAGAUUUUCUUCGUUGCAUGGUCACCUGAUAUAGCAAAGGUAAGGAGUAAAAUGGUUUAUGCUAGUUCCAAGGAUAGGUUCAAAAGAGAACUCGAUGGCAUUCAAUUUGAGUUGCAAGCCACUGAUCCCAGUGAGAUGAGCUUGGAUAUUGUGAAGAGGAGAGCCAACUAA